AUAUACUUGGUACAGAGGUGUUGCAGUUCCUGUCUUCACAGUGGUCUGUUUGUGGUUUCUGCAGAAACUCAGACACAAUAGCCCCCCUGCAGUUGAUGUUAUUUCAAGAGGAAACUUUACCUUUCUGAAUAUGAUACUGUUAAAAUAUUUGAUUUUGGUUCGCUUUUUGUGGACACUUCUAUCUUUAAUCUCAGUGGUGAAAGCAUGGGAUUGCAGCAAAUAUAAUUCAACCCAAAUAGUUCAUCAAGGAUUGUCAACCACCAUCAACUGUUCUCAAAAACAGGACUCGUGUCUCAAAAACAGGAAUGGUGCUUUUACAGUCGUUUUGAGAAGAAAUAAUUUACUGUGUACAUACUUUUAUUUGAACCUGUCCUGGACUAAACAGUUGUGUAAGGACAACAUCAGACUUGUAUGGAUUCCAGAAACUGCUCAAAUAUCAUUUGACUUGCUAAAUAUUCAGAUAAAUCAAUCUGGUGUUUAUACCUGUACAAUAGAUGAGCACAUUCCACCUCCUACACAUUGUCUGUUUAUCCAGAGAACAUUCAUUCAUGUUAUAGCAUCUCCAUCUGUUUCUCUGGUAUGUGUAAAAGGGCCUAAUGGAGCUCCCACGAUGCUUUGUGCCUCUGAGAGCUUUUACCCUGCUGAUUUGCAGCAGGCCUGGCUCAAAGAUGGAGAAUAUAUCAGUUACCUCAACACUUCAUUUACACCAACAUAUAAAGCUAACCUGAAUACCCCUCAAAUCAUCUGGAACUACAGAAACAACACUAAUGGAUCUUAUAACCUUACAUCAUACCUUCACCUGCCUUCAAACACAGCUGAGCAGGUGAUGUACCACUGCUGGGUGAAUCACUCAGCACUGAGCAAACCCAUCACUGUUAGCAUAUCCACCACUGAGUGCACUCAGCAAGAAGUAAAAUUUACAGGUUUUGUUGUGCGUUUCAUUGUUGUUGGGACCUUCUUUGGCUUACUGAUUGCCAUUUCUAUUUUCAUGGAAGUUUACUAUCAACAUUUCAGGUCUAACCUUGUCUAUCAACAACACGAGCUGAAGCAAAUGCAUCUACUUCAAGAAAGAGCUUUAUAAUACUUUGUGUUAUCACUAUCGUGUAAUAGCUCACAUUAUUGCUCCUUCCUUCCAACACAGUAUAUAUUUACAUCAAUUUCAGCAACCCACUAUUGGCAAACUUUGAGAUUAUAUAAAUCAAGAGCCUUUUGCUGAUAGUCUAUGCUCUAUUUGACUGCUUUAACAGUUUAUUUAAAUUACCCUUUAUCUUAUUUAUACUGUAUUUCUUGUUUUCCCUUUGUUUUCUUUUUCUGUUUGUGAUUUCAGUGUUUAUCCACUUUUUGUUUGGAUUGUGAUUUCAACUUGACUUGAUUUCAUUAUAAAAUGUUUAUAAUCCCAAUUCCAAAAUAAAUUCUGACGCUGUAUAAAACGUAAAUAAAACCAGAAUGCAAUGAUUUGCAAAUCUCAUAAACCUGUAUUUUAUUCACAACAGAAAA